AUGCAGCAACGCGCAAUCAUUGCUCUCAUCACCCUGCUUGCAGCAGCCGCCAACGCCGCGCCAGUCAACACGGUACCAGGCGUCGGAGCUCUCGCAGCCCCCGGUGCCAAGGUCGUCGAGAAUGCCCCCCGAAGUGCCCCUCCCACUGUGUCUGGCGUUACUGCUGGCGGUGCCGGCAUUAAGGGAGAAUCCAAGAAGGGCCACAAGUCCGUCGAGGGUGCUCAAGGAGCCGUGAAGGGUGGCCAAAAGGCAGGCGCUGCUGGCCAGAUAGCCGGAAAAGCAGGGCAGCAUGCCGUCGAAGGCAGCCAUGUAGCCGGCCAACAAGGCCAAAAUGCUCAUAAGGAGGGUCAGUUCACCAACAACGAUGAACAGCAGGCUGGCUUUGAGGGCCAGCAAGCGGCCCAGCAGGGGCACAAGGCCGCUGAGGAGCAACACCAGGCCUACGAACAUGGCAGUGAAGGCAGCCGGGCCGGAAACUACGGCGCUGACAGGAGCGCUUCCAAGAAAGGUCUCGCGCACAACAACAAGAACGGCGCCGACAGUGCCGACAGGGCCUCCUUGGACAAGGCCGACGGCUUCCGGGCCGGAUUCGAAGGAUCCAAGUCUGGAUAUGAGGGAUCUAGAGCCGGCUACGAGGGCUCUAAGCACGGUAGCCAGGGAUACAGAUCGGGUACUGAAGGCUCCCACUCUGGAUUCGAAGGCUCGCAGGGCGCAGCUGAAGGAUCCAACAUCGCCGCCGAGGGCUCGGGUGCUGGUUUCCGGGGCUCCGGGGGCGCUGCGGAGGGAUCUAGGAUCAAGAAGGUGGACGAUAAGGACGAGAGCGGGCUUUCUGGACUUCUCGGUGGCUUCAAAGGCUUUGGUACUCACUAG